GGUGGAUGAUUGAUUCUGCUUGCGCUUUCACUGGAUCUCAUCAACCAAACAAGUCGCCAAAGGAAAUCAGUAUCAAGUAGCCAAAUGAAAUCAGUAUCAAAUAGCCUACUGCUAACAUUUUAAAUGUGAGCUUGUACAUUUGGUUUGUAAACUAACGCUUUCCGUGAAUCGUUAGUGGUUGCGGCGGCCUGGCUUUGUUGUUAUCCAAACUAGCCGUCCAAUCCAACCCGUUUGUGUAGCUAGCUAACUAGAUUCAGUCAGAGUUGAAGUGUGUCUUUUAUUUUAUAUUUAGUCAUCUAUCAUUGCAUUGUGGGUAAAAUAUCAAGCGAGGAAUAAGCUAGCUGGCGACUAGCUAGGUAGUUAGCUAGCUAAAUUAUCUUGACCAACCGUUGCUAAACUAAUUGCCUGCCGGUUUGUGUUAAUCCCUGUUGGACGGGAUGAGUUGUUCGCUAUUUUAGCUACAUAUAUAUUUUUGGAGCUAUCGCACGAUCAAAGUUAGUGAAAAUCCCCCAGAACUUGUUGAGGUCACCUCUUUUAGAUCCACCUCCAGCCCGACCAUGUCUGAGCCGGGAUCUGGCUGUGAUGAUCCGGCCCAGAGAAGCUCACAGCCUGGUCCAGAGACGGUGUCAGUGAAGCUGGAGGACUGCGGUCAAACACUGGAACUCAAUGUGAUUGUGAAAGAGGAGGAGGAGAGAGAAAUCAAGGAGGAAGAAAACAUUGACUCGGGAAAGAGCUCCAACCCAGACUCAGACAGCAAUCCCAGUCCCACAGCAUCAGGAAACCGCAGACAGAAGCCCCAACCCUGCUGUAGCGACAGUUUUAUUUGUCCAACUCACCUCAAAUCACACCAACCAACUCCCAAAAUAAAUAAGACUUACCUUUGCCGUCAAUGUGGGAACAGUUUUCAGACACCAGGCAAGCUAAAGGCUCACCAGAGAAUGCACAUUGGAGAGAAUCCUUACCCCUGCUCCCAGUGUGAGAAGAGCUUCAAUCAUUCAGGAAGACUUAAGGACCAUCAAAGAGUACAUACUGGGGAGAAGCCUUACCACUGCCCUCUUUGUGGGAAGAGUUUCAGUCAGUUAGGAAACCUGAAGACUCAUCAGAAAAAUCACAAGCCUUACCACUGCUCACAAUGUGGGAAGAGUUUCAGUGAGAAAGUAAAACUUACGGGACAUGAGAGAGUACAUAGUGGACAGAAACCUUACCACUGUACCCAAUGUGGCAAAAGCUUCAAUUAUUAUUCAGUACUUAAGGAACAUCAAAGAGUACAUACAGGGGAGAAGCCUUACCACUGCACACUUUGUGGGAAGAGUUUCAGUUGGGCAACAAACAUAAGGAAUCAUCAGUUAAGACACAUUGGAGAGAAACCUACAUGUACUCUCAAUGUGAUUGUCAAAGAGGAGGAGGGCGAACAGAGACAUAUUAAGGCAGAAGAGCGAGAAGUUGAGGUAGAGGAGAGAGAGGUGAAGGAAGAGGCUACAUAAGCUAACUCCAUAGGAAUUGCAUUGCCGGGGGGGGGGGGGGGGGUGAUAAUGGAUGGGGGCGGAACACGAAGUGCAGCUGGAUGUAUACGAUACAGUCCCUUUCAAAAACGAAACAUAUUUGGUUGGUAUAGACAAUGAAUUAUUUCCAACCUACUUUAACUGAGGAGACAGGGCCUACAGACAGGGCCUACAGACAGGUCCUACAGACAGGUCCUACAGACAGGUCCUACAGACCAAUAUUUCAACAUUGUAUUUUUCAAUAUUGGUCAUAAAAAGUUGUCUUUGAAGCUAUUGUUUUCCAUAAGUAACUUAUUUAAUUUUCUUAUUAGCACAAUAAAAGGUGGCCAUUGAUUAAAAUGGAAUCUUAUGAACCUGUUAUUGAUGUUGAAAUGCAGGCUUUUAUGUUGAAGUUUUUUUUUAUAGAAAUGUUUUUUUUUUUGUGUGCAAUAAGGUGUCAAGAAUGUGUAUUUGAAUUGACCUGCCUGAUAAAGUUAAGGUAAAUACAUGCAUUAUAUGAGAGUGAUGUCAUUGUUUGUGCUGCUAGCAGAACAAAAGGUCAAACCGUGGUUUGUAAUGAUUCUGUGAACUCGUAGAUCAAAUAGCCAAAAGUGUGAUAGAACCUGAUUCAAUAGAUUCUCCACUGGGUCGAGCUGAGGCUCAAUGUAAGAUCAGAGACAUGUUGGUAGAUGUGUGGUUUGUAAUGAUUCUGUGAACUCGUAGAUCAAAUAGCCAAAAGUGUGAUAGAACCUGAUUCAAUAGAUUCUCCACUGGGUCGAGCUGAGGCUCAAUGUAAGAUCAGAGACAUGUUGGUAGACGUGUGGCAGAAGGGUUUGGAUUCAGAGACCAAGGGCCGGCAUUUAUAAUCCCUCCAAAGGAAGGUUGGAGGACCAAGAUUCCAAGAUCAGACUGGGAAAGAAGAGGUGGCUCCAAUACCAAAUCGUCCCUUAAGCCCUGCACCCCAUGUACUUGUGUAGAUCUGAGAGGAUUUGAUAACACUGUAGAGGGGAGAGACCAUUGUUAAGAGACCAUUGUUAAUUGAAUUCAUCAUUCCAUUUGGUUGGCCUUCAUGUGAAUGGUUUGUGUCUGGACUCUAUGGUUUUCUUGUAUUGUUCUAAAUACAGUUCCUACAGUCUUUCA